AUGUCACGCUUCGGCCUCAACGUUCUCUCCGUAUUCGAUGUAUCUUCAGGUGCCCGGGAAUUUCUCGCCGACGUCAUCGAGUCCGGUCAGGCACCACCGAACGAGGUUGAGGAGCUUUUCCAGCAGAGUUUGUUGGCAGGCGCUGAAGAUUGGGAUUAUCUGAUCAAAUGCGCCGAAUCCAUGCAACUAUCACACAAAUACGACAAAAACAGUUUAGACGGACAAGAUCUUCUCACACAUAUAUGGCGCAUGCUGAGCGGACGGGAUCUUCCGCCAGAUACAGAGUCUCAGCCUUGGGAAGCGACCGACAGGCUUAUAGCCAUUGCCAAAAGCCUUGAGGACAGACCCUUCGUCCCCGUCUCUGGAGAACAGGAUGAUCAGCGACGACAGCAGUCCCCGGCAGCGUUGUCGGAGGCAAAGAACCCUGUUAUAACAUCUUACUAUUGGUCUGACCAGCCUCAGGAGAAGUGCCCGAAAGAAAGCAACAAAUGGAGUGUUUUGACUCAAUUACCUCUUGGACCUUCACAAACAUUUACACCAGCAGUAUCUGAAUCCGAUGCUUCUCAAAGUGCGAUUGCUGAUAAGCUCACCAACGAGCAGGGUUCCCCGCAAGAAGUCGUUCACGACGAUAAGACCUCGAGUACCAAAUCUAGCAGUACACAAUCACCAUACUUCACACUCGCUUCAGUGGUCACUCGUGCAUCGAGGCGAUCCCUGCCCGGAACGAUACCUUCGGUUCCUUUCGCGCCACUCACCUCUCCAGAGUUUGGUCUCGUUCAAGAGAAGUUCGCGCACGAACCAUUCUGGCUUCUGAUUGUGGUGACAUUCCUGAUCAAAACAAAGGGCAUUAAUGCCAUUCCCGUGUUCUAUCAGGUCAAAAAGAUGUUCCCAAGUCCAGCGGACAUUGCUUGUGAGGAAAAUAGAGAACAUAUCAUUGACAUGAUACGCCAUCUUGGCCUUGCAGAUCACCGCUUAAAUUUGAUGCAAAAGUACGCUCGAGUCUUUUUGUCUGCUCCGCCAACUCCUGGUGUACGGUAUAAAGUCAAGAAAUACGACCAAAGAGAUGUUGAGUCCUUGUCGAGUUUACGUCUACCCACUGGAGAAUGCCGACAUGCCUUUGGCAAAGUUGCGAACGCACAAGACUUAGAGGCCUGGGAGAUCGGGCAUCUCACACAAGGCAAGUAUGCUCUAGACAGCUGGCGCAUUUUCUGUCGGGACGAGCUCCUGGGUCGAGCGACAGACUGGAACGGCGGGGGCAGAGAAUCCGAGUUUCAGCCAGAAUGGAUGAGGGUUCGUCCAGAUGAUAAGGAACUCAGGGCAUAUCUGAGAUGGAUGUGGAUGAAGGAGGGCUGGGAAUGGGAUCCAUCUACAGGUGAGCGUACUGUGUUAGGCGAAACGAUGCGAGAUGCUGUCAACAUGGGAAGAGUUAAAUAUGAUGAUAAGGGAGGGUUGGAGCUUAUGGACGCAUUCGAGGACUACCCACUUGGUCCAUUGCUGGAACUUAAGAAGCCGACGACUUGA